AUGGUGGCAGAGCACCCAGGUGGUGAAGAGGUCCUCAGGGAGCAAGCUGGGGGAGAUGCUACUGAGAACUUUGAAGAUGUUGGCCAUUCCACAGAUGCAAGGACACUGUCAGAAACCUUUAUUAUUGGGGAACUUCAUCCGGAUGAUAGAGGGAAGCUUCAGAAACCAACAGAAACUCUUAUAACCACUGCUCAGUCUAAUUCCAGUUCGUGGUCCAACUGGGUGAUCCCAGCGAUAGCAGCAAUUAUUGUGGCCCUGAUGUAUCGUUCCUACAUGUCAGAGUAAGCGCCUUACUGAGAACUAAUGCAAGAAGAGCCUGAUCUGGGAGAAAAUACAAGCAAUCCUAACUCAAUAUCAUCCUGGACAAAAGCCUGAUGUCUGAAGAAAAAUUCAACUUUUUCAGAAAACUGAACAAUUCUUUUCUGCUGUGCACUUUUCUUAAUGUUGCCUUCUCGUUUGCUGUUCUGAAAUGAUAUAAAGGCAGCAUUUCUUUGUAUAACAAUUUUAUUCUCGAAUUAUUUGAUAACUGUAUUGGUUUCUGUGUUUAGAAUAUUGUUUUGUAUGUAACAUUCUGAUUCUGGUUAUUUCUCCUUAAUCAUGGGGUCUGUAGGACUCUCUUGACAUACAAAUUUUACAGCUUUAAAUGACUACCAAAACUGUGUACAUGUAUUUGUCCAUGUACACAACUUAACUUAAAAGUCAUGUUUUCUUAAAUGUAGUAUGCUUGAAUGAAAUGCUAAUUAAAUGUAAUGGAAAAAGCUGAGUCGAGUAGUGGGCAUAGGUGUCUGUAAGUGGUUGGGCUAUACCAAUCAGGUUAUAAUGAGGUGAUUAUAUUUUUUUUUUCUUUCCUCUUGACAUCUGCUCUUAUAGUUGUAGAUAUUCCUACUAGCAAACUGUUCUGUUUGGCUCCCAUUGAAAAAUUCAGAUGAAGUAAGAAACCCAAUGUUUGGCCCAAUUAAUGUCUGUCUCACUUUUGUGAAAAGUAGCUCUUUUUUGCAAAAAAAGGCAGAAAAAAGUAGCUGUUACUACAUAAUACUGUUCCUGCCAAGCACUCAGGUGACUCUAGAAUUUAUUCUGGAACUUUUAGCCUUUUAUAAAAUUUUCAACUUUGUCAUAUACAUUGUGAGGAAAAAACCUGAUACAUGGAAUCUGUUUCUGACUGUUCUGUCAUGUACUCCUUGGUGCUUUACUAUGAAGAGACGAGUAUUUUCACUGCUAAAUACAAGAUAACUGAAAGUUUGCUUUUUGUGGUGAAUAUUUUCAGUCAUACGUAAAUGAUUAUGAAUAAAAGUUUAAUUGCUUAUUCUCACG